GACAGAGAGAGUAAGAGAGAGAGAGACAAACUGAAAAAAUGAAAGAAAAAACAGGUUCAACAGACAGGAGAAUUCUGUAUUAUAUUUUCCUGCCAAAUUCCGAUCUCUGCUUUCCUUCCCCUGCACUCACAAAGGGCUCAUAACUUACUGUCAACUGUGAGGGAAACCACAAAGCUCCACUGUUGCUCCGCAAAUAGGCUGUGUUGCUUGAUGGCUUCAGUGGCUGUAAAGUUUGCUUAACUGCAGCACUGACACUAGGCACUUUGGGAACUGCCGCCCCGUAAGGCCCCUAGCGAGGGACGAAGAGAGACAGAAAAGACGGCGAGCUGCUUUUCUUGUGUCUCGGAAUCGUCUCCGGCCGUGCAGGGACUGAAAGAGACACGCGUGCGAGUGAGAUUGUGUGUGUGUGUGUGUGUGAGCGGAGGAGCUUAACAGCUGCUCUGCCGGUUGCUCCGUUCAUGUGCGAGAGCGUACUCCGUUCAGCGUGCCGUCGGAUGUGUUCUGACAAGACGUGCCGUGGCUGGGACGGGGACGAACGGCCUGUCUGUGCUCGAGUGUUUUUGUGUGUGUUUGUGUGUGCCAGAAUUUGAGGAAGUGUUAUGCCAUCCAGCUCUGAAGUGGUGUGUGAAGAACAGAGAAGGAAAGGAGCGGCCAAACAGGCUGAGGGAGACAGUAUCAGAAUCAUGUCUUCCAAGCAAGCCACUUCUCCAUUUGCCUCGACCCCUGACGGAGGUGAGGAUGGAUUGAGUCAGGAGCGCAUGUCCUGGGAGAAGGAAGAGAACUCUGAGUCGCUAGUCGCCCCUCAGCUGCCCCUGCACAAUCUGCUCCACAACAAACCUCCCCUGGAGGAGCUUCAGCCAAUCAGCAGCAGCGUGCCGCCCGAAUCCGACUGGGAGAGCCUGAUGUCGGCCCAGCAGCGCAUGGAAUCGGACAGCGAUAAAGUAUGUUCCUUAUACUCCUUCCGGAAUAACUCUACCUCUCCACACAAACCAGAGGAGGGGGCCAGGGAGCGCGGCGACCUGCUGAGCAGCUCAGCCUUCGGAACGCCAGAGCGCCGCAAAGGAAGCCUGGCCGAUGUGGUGGACACACUGAAACAGAAGAAACUAGAGGAGAUGACAAAGACAGAGCAUGACGAAUCCUCCUGCAUGGAGAAACUUCUUUCUAAAGACUGGAAAGAAAAGAUGGAGCGACUCAACACAGGCGAGCUGUUAGGAGAAAUUAAAGGUACUCCAGAAAGUCUUGCAGAGAAGGAGCGACAGCUCUCCACCAUGAUCACACAGCUCAUCAGCCUACGAGAGCAGCUCCUGUCCGCCCAUGACGAGCAGAAGAAACUGGCCGCCUCGCAGAUGGAGAAACAACGUCAGCAAAUGGAGCUGGCACGCCAACAGCAAGAGCAGAUUGCCAGACAACAGCAGCAACUUCUGCAGCAACAGCACAAAAUCAAUCUCCUCCAGCAGCAGAUCCAGCAGGUCCAGGGUCACAUGCCUCCACUCAUGAUCCCCAUUUUUCCACACGACCAGCGCACUCUGGCAGCGGCCGCUGCAGCCCAGCAGGGCUUCCUCUUCCCCCCAGGCAUGUCCUAUAAGCCAGGUGAUAACUACCCGGUGCAGUUCAUUCCAUCCACAAUGGCAGCUGCUGCCGCGUCAGGACUCAACCCUCUGCAGCUUCAGCAACUCUACGCCGCCCAGCUGGCCAGCAUGCAGGUCUCUCCAGGAGCCAAGAUGCCUCCGCUGCCCCAGCCCCCCAAUUCUGCCGGGCAAAUCUCCCCGUCUGCCUUGAAGAACGAGAAGAGGUCCUCAACCCCCCUGGCUCAAGUCAAGGAGGAGGGAACACAGCCUCUCAACCUCUCUGCCCGGCCCAAGACAGCUGAUUCCGUCAAAUCCCCCACAUCCCCGACACAGAUCCUCUUUCCAGGCAGCAAGAGCAGCCCGAACAGCCUGUCCAAGAGCGGAGGCAUCCCCAGUCCCAUCGGAGGAAUGGGUCGUGGCUCUUCUCUAGACAUUCUGUCCAGCCUGAACUCAACAGCGCUGUUUGGAGAUCAGGAUGCAGUGAUGAAGGCCAUUCAGGAAGCGAGGAAGAUGAGGGAGCAGAUUCAGAGAGAGCAGCUUCAGCAUCAUCAGCAGGGAAUGGAGGCCAAGCUGUCUGCCCUCGCCAGCAUGGGCCUGAACAACUGCAGGGCUGAUAAGGAGAGGUCUCAUUAUGACAGCCUUGGCCAUCACCUGGGCAAACUAGGCGAGGAUGGAAAGAUCGGUCACAGAGUCAUCGACCUCACCAGGCCAGAGGAUUUCGACGGGUGUAGGGAACUGAAUGGCUCUGCAGAUAAACCACAUCAGUAUUAUUGUUGGCCAACAGGAGGCGCCAGCACUACCGAGGCACGGGUCUACAGGGAACCCCGGGGAAGGAACAGUAACGAACCUCACAUCAAACGGCCCAUGAACGCCUUCAUGGUCUGGGCCAAAGAUGAGCGCCGCAAAAUCCUUCAGGCCUUCCCAGACAUGCACAACUCCAACAUCAGCAAAAUCUUGGGAUCUCGCUGGAAGUCCAUGACAAACCAGGAGAAACAACCGUAUUAUGAAGAGCAGGCACGGCUCAGCAAGAUCCACCUGGAGAAGUAUCCCAACUACAAGUACAAGCCCAGACCCAAGCGCACCUGCAUCAUCGACGGCAAGAAGCUGCGCAUCGGCGAGUACAAGCAGAUGAUGAGGUCGAGGAGGCAGGAGAUGAGGCAGUUCUUCACUGUGGGGCAGCAGCCACAGACGCAGAUCCCCAUCACCACCAGCGCAGGUGUCGUCUACCCCGGUGCCAUAACCAUGGCGACCACUACGCCCUCCCCUCACAUGACGUCAGACUGUUCCAGUGCCUCGGCCAGCCCCGAGCCCACCAUCCCCGUCAUCCAGAGCACCUUCAACAUGAAGAUGGAACCGGGCACCAUGGUGUCUAGCGACCCAGUGAACGGAGAGGACGAGAUGGACAUGUACGAGGACUUUGAGGAUGAGCCCAAAUCGGACUACAGCAGUGACACACAGGAGCCGGUCAGUGCCAACUGAGGCCAAGACACACCCUGUGAAGAAUAUCCUUUUAUUAGAGGGAAGACUGAAGAAGAUGAAAAAGAGAACAUGACGAACAAAAAAAAAAAAAAAAAGAAAUCGAAAAACUUGUUUCUAACGA